UCCGGUUUAUGUGCGGUUCCCAAGAUACGUGUGCAAAAAGAAAAGGAAAAAAGAUCAUACGACGAGCACACAUCCCAAUCGUCGCGACUUGGUCGACAAAUGCGUAAAUGCUCUACAAGAAUUUAUUUCCGAAUGUGCUCAUCCAAGGUGCCACUCCAUCCUUGCUCAAAGGGAUUCGCAGUCGAGUGAUGACGGUGCUUUGGCUGGAGAAUGCACCCUGGGAUGCUCACCUCGACUUAAUUCUUGUAUCCUCACAGAAGAUGCAAUCCAUUAACCACCUCACGCGAGGGCUUUGCAAGCCGACGGACGCUCUCACCUUUUCCGAGGUCAACGAAACCAAUCAAACGAUCAACGAAAUCCUCUUUUCUAGUACCAAACGCGCGUGCACAGGCAACGACGACGCUCAAGCGCCCUCCCCGGCGUUGCUUUACACGCACGCAAUGAAGCCCGAUCCGCUGCAGGCGCGGCGCGCCAUCCGCGAUGAGCUUGUCGAUCUCGGGACGAUUUACUUUUGCGUUGAGUAUAUAUGGCAUCGCACCAUGCGUCGACCUCAAAAGAACCUUCCAUUGGAAUUAUAUUUAGAAGCCGCCCUCGUCCACGCGCUCCUGCACGUAUUGGGCUACACCCACGAAACGGACGAAGCGCUAUGGCGUAUGAUACGCCGUGAGAAAUGCCUUGGAUAUCAUCUUCGAUCUCUUCAGCGAAAGUAUCCCCUCGACAUGCCGCGGUUUGAUGCUAUUGAAUACAUGAAAGCAAUCUCACAUGGGUGAGAAUCGAAUGACACAAAGGCAUCUCGCGUAUGAGCAGAGGUGUGUAUGGGCAUCGGUUCGCUAAAAAAAAAACGAGAUUAAAAAAAGGAAUGCCGCUAAACAAGCGACCGUGCCGGCA